CUCUUCUUUUCCCUCCUUUAACAGCUAUAAACCCUCUCUCUCGCCUUUACACCUGUCCGAGCUCGACUUUUCUCAUUGCCAUCCCUCAUCCUUCUGCGCAUCAGCAUCUCAUCAAUCUGCAAUCAUUCACACAUUUGACACACAGCCUUUUUUAUACUGAAUACUCUUCCCUGCUUCUGGUAGUACAAAAGAACACUGUUCCUGUAGCACACACCACAAGUCACAUCCAACUACGCCCUUCGCCCAACCCAAAAAACCCUCCGCAUACACAAAAAAAAAACAACCAAAAAACCAGAACCAGGAAUCGCAAGCAUUAUCAACAUGGCCCCCGCCAAGAAACACGUCGUCAUCAUCGGAGCCGGUGUCUCCGGUCUCGCCGCAGCUCACGAGCUGUCCAAACAUCCCUCCUCGAUUCAGGUGACCGUUCUUGAGGCUAGAAAUCGCAUCGGAGGAAGGCUUGAUACGCAGCGCAAUCUCUUCUCUGGCAAGCUCGGGGACAUCCCCAUCGACUUUGGGGCUUCCUGGAUUCAUGGUGUCGAUCCUUCCAAUCCGCUCGUGAGCCUUGCCAAGGUCGCUGGUGCGCGCCUCGAGGCCACCAACAGCGAUGUGAUCUAUCCCUGCCCUGGCGAGAAUGCAUUGGAGCAAGAGGAGAGCAACCAUUACUGGGCUGUCCUCUGGGAUAUCUUUGGCAGGGCGCAGGAGCACUCGCGAAUGAAUCGGGAUCAAAUUGAGACCGAAAUUUCAUUCAAGGAAUGGCUGGACGAGUUCCUUGCAACAAGACAGUCGGACGACCCACAGGCACCAAAAUACAUGUCCAAAGCGGAACUCAAGGUUGUGCCAUUGUUGGCACAAUUCUGGGCGGACGAGAACGCCAUUCCCCUGGACAAGGUCUCUCUCAAAUACAUGGACGCCGAGGAUAUGCCUCCAGGCGACCACUGCAUCAUGGCCGACGGCUACGACAGGGUGCUAGAUGUACUCUGUAAGGGCAUGAAGGCUGUUGACAUUCGUCUCGAGCAUAUUGUAAACCGGAUUGAGUACAAUGAAUCCAAUGUGAGAAUCUUCACCAACAAGCGCUCGUUCACAGCUGACGUGGUGCUGGUCACCCUUCCUCUUGGAGUCCUCAAAUCGAACUCCGUGAUAUUCUCGCCUCCUUUGCCAGAGCGAAAACAAACUGCGAUCAGGCGUCUCGGCUUCGGCACCAUGGUUAAGGUCGUCAUGUCCUUCCCCACCUGCUUCUGGCCCACGGACAAGCACUUCAUCAAUUUCUUACCCAUACCUACGACUAGUAUACCCAGUGCCAGCCUCUGCCGCCACCUCAAUGAGCGACAGAUGCUGGCGUUGACGAUCUAUAUGAGCGACCUUGCUAACUAUACGUCGCUCAUGCCCAUUCAUGGGGCCCCUAUUCUGAUUGGCUACAUGGCUAAUGAAUCGGCCGAGGCCUUUGAAAAGUUGUCUGAAGAAGAGGCGAUGGAGGUCCUGGUCUGCCAACUGUCGCACUACUUUGAUGUCCUCGUCAAGGACCCUGCUGCAUCAAGACCGACGCGCGUGUUCAUGACUCGAUGGAAUGCCGAUCCCUAUGCGCGAGGCUCUUAUACUAGUAUACCCGUCGGAGCACAUCAAUCUGAUCUCGCCGAGUUUGAGAUCCCCGUCGGAGUACGCUCAGUGAUGAUGGAAACGAGCGAGCCUCAGAGAGCAAGCAAGUACACAGUCGCCGCUAUGGAGGGUUUGGAGAUCGAGAAGGAGGAGUACCAAGGCGCUGUCUCUAAUUACAAUGGCACCAAGAAGGUCAUCCCGAGCCGUAGCAACUGGGUGUCAGCCUUGGAUGCAUCGAAUGCCUUCAAGAACUUCCAUAAGAUCCGUCUCGUGGACUUUUCUCAAGGUCUCAGGAACCAGUCCAGCAACUUAGCGCCAAUGAAUGAUGUGGAUGCUGACAACGGUCACCGCAAUGGUCGCAAAAGUCGCAAUGGCCGUACAGCCUCUAAUCGAUUCUGCAAUGCCCUCAUCCCGCGUUCCCAUAUGAACAGUGUCAACAUUCGUUCGCCUGCCGUUGGAACCCAAUUUAUGGUCAUUCGCGACCUCCGUUUUGAGGACGUUAUUCCCCUCGUGGAGUUGGAUCCUUUGAGUAUUAAUGGGGGUACGAAUGCGAAACAUGGUACGAGCCCAUUCAAGAAGAAACCAACGACGAUUGUGAAGGCUGUUAGUGUGGACGACUCUAUUCGAGGAAGGAUACACUUUGCGGGCGAGCACACGACUCCAACGUCGUUUGCCAGUGUCCACGGUGCGCUGAUGACUGGACGACGUGAGGCCGCCAAGAUCUUGACUCAGGUCUUUUGAGCGAAUGGCAGCCAUUCCUCUGAGGAACGUGCUUCGAAGGUAGAUUAGAAGUGUUUGUUUCCGAUCUGCAGUAAAGCCUAAAGGCAAUAAAGUGUAAGCACGAAGCACAGCCCGAUAAAAUACUCUUGGACGAUAUUACAGCCAUGCAAGGGUAGUGUACUUUAAGAUAGGUUCAAACAUUGCUGGCUCAGACCAUGUACCAUUUAUUUUGUUGGCCCGUCUACAAACAUGGG